AUCCGAAAGAUCCACUGUGACCCUCGUUCCCAGAGACAGAGAGGCAUCCGUUGUGGACGUAGGUUUGUACGCCCCCUCCACCAAGCGACCUGAACUGUCCGGGAUCGGCAUUUGUCGAUUCCUCUUUGCGUCGUCUCCCUCCUCCAUCGUCACCCGCUGGCACGAGGCCGCGGAUCGACCCGACUUUACAAACAGACAUCACUGCAGUCACAAGCAGACCAAGCCCAAGAUUCGGCUGCCAUGUCCUAGGCUGAUGCACUCUGGGCAUAAGCACCACGCAUCCGGGGGCGGGCAUCCGGCAGUCGCCAAGAGCAUAGGGCAUAGGGCGGAAAUGCGGUCGGGCUGGCCCCAUCCUUGGGCGCGGGAAGCAACGUUAUGCUGUCAUCAACCUUCAGCCCUGAAGAGUUUCCUGGCUCUGCGCCACUACUGUACGAUGGAUCAACAAGAUCCGGGUCAACCAUCUCGUCAGGUCCUCUCAAAUCAUAUUCAUGAUUUAUGCCCAUUUUCUAUUACACGCGCACAAGUGUGCGACACAGAGAAGCAUCAUGGUGGUAACGGAUGAAAUAUGCAGCCAACAGAUGACAGAUGUGACUCGUAAGCUGUUGACUGUAGUGGACUGUGGGUCUGUGGCUGUCCUUAGCGGCUCCUAUCCCCAAGCGCGCGUCUAUCUUGACGCUUUGGGACUUGGCACACUCCACAAUGCCACCACCGUCCGAUCCAAUUGGACUGUCUCAUUCGAUACUAGCACCCUGUAUGACCCCGCUUGCCCGUCCAAUCCCCGUCGCCGACAAACAUUCUGAAUCCAAGGCUUUUACUUUUUUUUUUUUUUUCAUCCAAAAGUUUUGGAGGACCCUAGGCCGAAAAUUCUCAUACGCUGGUGCAGCCGCCGCCCGCCCGCUCAUCCCCCAACCCUUGAACCAGAAGAAUCGCUACUCUUGUCUCAGGCCCUUUGAUCGACCGCACUCGAAGAAGAGAUAUACCAUAUAUCUCGAUUCUGUGAUAGAUCGCCCCCAAUGCCGUCCUCUGCAGCCCCCAGACGCCCUGGUCCCGCCGCCGACGACGAGGACCCGGCAUCUUCUUCCUCCGCCAACUCUUCCGGCGCCGAGUCCGAAUCCGACUACCUUGACAGUCCCGCCUCGCGCAAGAGACGGAGGACUGAGCCCCCUGCCGAGCCAGACCUCGAAGACGAUGACGAUGACGACGAGGAGCUGAAGGCCAUUGUCUCAACCAUCAAGGCCCCAUCAAGAAUCAAGCGCGCCGCCGCCGCCGUCGAAGAAGCACCUCAGACCGUCCGUCCCGCGCCGUCGCAAAGCACAAUCUCUGCGCCGACGGACCCCAACACCACCUUCUCCGCCAUCAAUGUGCGCCCAUGGCUCGUGCAGUCGUUGGCCAACAUGGCCAUCAAGCGGCCCACCGGCAUUCAGAAGGGCUGUAUACCCGAGAUCCUCAAGGGGAGAGACUGCAUCGGCGGCAGCAGGACCGGUUCCGGCAAAACGGUCGCCUUCGCCGUGCCCAUCCUCCAGAAAUGGGCCGAGGACCCCACCGCCAUCUUCGCCCUCGUUCUGACGCCCACCCGCGAGCUCGCCCUGCAAAUCUUUGAACAGUUCAAGGCCAUCUCCUCCCCGCAGAGCCUCAAGGCCAUCCUCGUCACCGGAGGCUCCGACAUGCGCCCGCAGGCCAUCGCCCUCGCCCAGCGCCCCCACGUCGUCAUCGCCACCCCCGGCCGCCUCGCCGACCACAUCCGCACCUCGGGAGAGGACACCGUCUGCGGCCUGCGCCGCGUAAUGUACGUCGUGCUCGACGAGGCCGACCGUCUCCUCGACGCCACGGGGCCCGGCAGCAUGAUCCCCGACGUCGAGGAGUGCCUCUCCGUGCUGCCGCCCUCGUCCCAGCGCCAGACCCUCCUCUUCACCGCCACCAUCACCCCCGAGGUCCGCGCCCUCAAGGACAUGCCCCUCAAGCCCGGCAAGCAGCCCGUCUUCGUCUGCGAGGUCGACACCCAGGCCCUCGCCAUCCCCGCCACCCUCGCCCAGAUGCACCUCCAGGUCCCCGUCACCCACCGCGAGCACUAUCUCCACACCUUCCUCCUCACCGAUGCCAAUACCGAGAAGUCCGUCAUCAUCUUCUGUAACCGCACCUCGACCGCCGACUACCUCCACCACCUGCUGCGCCUGCUCGACCACCGCGUCACGUCACUGCACUCGGGUCUGCCCCAGCGCCAGCGCAUCGACAACCUGGGCCGCUUCCGCGCCGCCGCCGCGCGGAUCCUCGUCGCCACGGACGUCGCCUCGCGCGGUCUCGACAUCCCCGAGGUCGGGCUCGUCGUCAACUACGACAUCCCGCGCAACCCAGACGACUACAUCCACAGGGUCGGCCGUACGGCGCGUGCGGGACGCAAGGGCGAGGCCGUGACGUUUGUCGGGCAGAGGGACGUCGAGCUGGUGCUGGCCAUCGAGGCCCGCGUGGGCCGGCAGAUGGAGGCGUGGCAGGAGGAGGGAGUCAACCUCGAGACGCGCGUGCUGCGGGACACGCUCAAGGUCGUGAGCGAGAAGAAGAGGGAGGCGCUGCUGGAGCUCGAGGAAGGGAGGGAGGUCGGCGGAAAGAGGAAGAGGACAAAACAGAAGCUCAAUGCUUGAAAGGGGGGGAGCGUACGAGGUUGUUGAAAAAGCUAGUACAGAAUUAUCCGGGUCUCGGUGUUGUCAUGGUUGGAUGAGAGUAGACGGGAUAGACAAAACAAUACCCAACAGACAAAUGUCCAAGGCACUGAUGAAGCCGACACGUCGCAAUCUCAAAAUCACGAUGGCUCGCCUUGGGUGACUCUCCCGGCAUGAUCUGCUAUAAAGUGGACCUCAAAAUGGGCUGAGAGGGUCAAUGGGUGAAGCACCACUCAUUCCAGGGUCUUUUACGACAUACAGUGUGGGCAAAAAAGGUGAUGGCGUGAUGCUCCAGAACGGCGGCCAAAGAUGUAGGAUCCCACAGAGAUUAUCCGGUUCUGCAGUUUGCCAUGACCGUCUUGAGAGCAUUUUACUGCCAAGACCCUUUUCCCUUCUUUUCACCAAGAAAAGUCCACAUUGUUGGAUGCUGUUGAUAUCAAACCCCAGGUUUCAUUAACAGCAACGGUUUAUCCUAUUUUGUCCUCAUUUUAUAGUACUUAUCAGACCACAAGACCGGCUGAGAAGGACACCUGGUUUCUCUCGAGGUUAUCCGGCAUUAACAAGGAGAAAACAAAACCGGGUCUCAGUGUCGUCUGAUUAGAACACAACAUAAUCGAGCGUCCCUGGAUCAUAACUCGUCGUCAUCAUUCGUAAAGUGGUAGUAC